AUGAGCGAGCCCGUCAGCGAAGAACCAACAACAACUGCGCCGCCUUCUGAUCCGGCAGAUCCUCCCAAAGAGACCGUCGAGCCGGAAUCCCCAGUGGAGCCCCAACAGCCAGUUGAACAAGACGUCGCCCAGGAACACGAAAAUGGAACUACAGAGCCAGAAAGUGUCGAUGAGCCUCAAACGAUCCCUUUAACCAACGGAUCACAUGCGUCUCUUCCGUCUAGUCCAGCUAGAAGCCGAGCAAUCAGUGCCGCUACCUCGGUCAACCAAGCAGCGACAGUUUCAUUUAUCAAAUCGUCGUUCGAGAAACUUCUCCAGAUCAAGGAAAUCACCAAGAAACACAAGAACUUGGUUGAGCUACUAAACAAGUCAAUCGAGACUUUAAAUACAGGCGAACUUCCAACCGAGCACGAUUUGUUCGAAGUGCUCAGAACUGCCUGUGACAUCCCAAACCCAGAAUCCAAAAUUGUCGCCUUGGACUGUCUCAGCAAAAUCUUCACCUUCAACGUGUUCAGCGAGCCUAUUCUCAUAAGCUACAAGAGGACUAAGGCAGAAAUCCACACGGAUGUCGAUAUCGAAACGAAUAACGAUACCAAUGAUGGCCGUGUGCAUACAGUUCCUUUAAUCGAGGCUGUCGUCCAAGUGAUCAGCUCGUGUUUUGAAGGAGAAGGUACCGAUGAACGGGUUGAACUCCAGGUGAUACGAGUGCUUACAGGGGCAAUUUUGAACGAUUCUAUGCCAAUUCAUGGAAAAGUUCUGUUGCAAGCAGUGAGACAAAUUUACAAUAUCUUUUUGUUAUCUCUGUCCCCUGUGAAUCAAGGUAUUGCACAAGCAACUUUGACGCAGGUUGUCAAUGUUGUUUUCGAGAAAGUGUCUUCGGCACGCAAAAAGAAUAAUGCUGAGUUAGAGCCUCCAGAACAGGCCGAGGAUCUCGCAGCUCCAGCAACUCCAAGUACUCCAAUUGUGCCGCCACCUAAAAUGACACUUCAAGAAAUGGAACAGAACAUGCAGACCGACGAUGUCCAAAUCGGGAUAGACGAGUUCUCAAAUGAAGAGGAACUUAUUGUGAAGGAUGCAUUUUUGAUUUUGAGAUCGAUGUGUAAUCUAUCUGUGAAGGUCAUGGAGAACGAUUCUAUUGACAUGAGAUCCCAUGCGAUCAGAUCAAAGCUUUUGUCGUUGCACAUUGUGCAUUGGAUUUUGAAAAAUCACAUCGACGCUUUCCUUGACAGAGAUUGCAAUAUUGUGAAUAGAGCCACAAACGAAAGAACCAGACUCGUGGACGCGAUCAGAAAGUACUUGUGUCUUGUUUUGGCUCGCAAUGCUGCAUCUCAAUUGGCUCCUGUUUACGAGGUUUGUCUAGAAAUUUUUUGGAUCAUGGUCGAUAAGAUGAGAGCCCAAUUCAAGUCGGAGAUCCCUGUGUUCCUGGAUGAGAUCUACUUCCCUGUUAGUGAAAUGAAAUCCUCGACAGCUCACCAAAAAAGAUAUCUGUUGUCGAUCAUAUUCAGAAUUUGCAAAACUCCUAAAGCAUUGAUAGAGCUUUACUUGAAUUAUGAUUGCGAUACGUCAAUGCCUAAUUUAUGUGAGCUGAUUAUGGAUUAUUUGGCUCGGUUUGCUCUCACCAGAGUUGAAGCCACACCAACUCAAAAAGUCAGUUAUAGGGAAAGUCUCACCAGAAACUUGGCCACCUACAAUCUUUCCGAUGUUCCGCAGCUCAAUGUUGCAAAGCUUGGAGGACAUCCUCCAAACCCUGAUGCUUCUCUCACUUUCCCUGUGGAGUAUGCCUUGAAAAUGACUUCGAUCGACUGUAUUCUAGCAUUUUUGAGAUCACUCAAUUCCUGGAGCGGUACUCCUCUCAUUACAACCACAAAUGGUGAUGUUGGAGGUGCUCUGUCUACUUACGCUCAUAGAGAUCGUGCGCUCACAAGCAGUUCUGUUUUGUCACAAGCUUCGGCAGAGGCUUCUGCAGCAAGUGUCUCCGCCAGCGAGACUGCAACUUCGGCAAACGAUGAAACCUCUGCUUCCCAGUUUGAAAACAUUAAACAAAGGAAGAAUGCUUUCCUUGACAGUGUUCGUCUCUUCAACUACAAUCCUAAAAAGGGACUCAAGAUUUUACUCGAAAACGGUUUUAUUCCAAGCGAUUCUCCUUUGGAUAUUGCGAAGUUCUUGUUGGAAACCGAAACUUUAGACAAAGCAGCUAUUGGAGAGUUUUUGGGUGAAGGGGAUGAGAAGAACGUUGCUAUUAUGCAUGAAUUCGUUGAUUUGAUGGAAUUUAAGAAUAAGAAGUUCCUGGACGCCUUAAGAUACUUCUUGCAACACUUUAGACUUCCUGGUGAAUCUCAGAAGAUUGAUCGAUUCAUGCUGAAAUUUGCCGAGAAGUAUGUGAACGACAAUCCUUCUUCAUUCGCAAACGCAGACACUGUUUACGUGCUUUCCUAUUCUGUCAUCAUGCUCAAUACGGAUCAACAUUCACCUCAAGUCAAAAAGCGGAUGACUUUAGAAGACUUCGUCAACAACAACAGAGGAAUUGACGAUGGCAAAGACAUUGAUCAUGCUGUUCUUCAGCAGAUUUACACAGAUAUCCAAAAUAACGAGAUCAUUUUGAAGAGUGAACAGCAUGCAGCCUUGAUCGCCAAUGACAUACAGCCAAUUCAGCAAUCAUUUUUCGGUGGAAGAGAUUUGGCUAAAGAGCAGUACGCAAAAGCUUCCAAAGAAAUGUCGUCCAAAACAGAGGAAGCAGUUAAGAGUAUAAGAAAUACCUCCAAGAAAACAUCGAGGGUGGUAUUCUAUCCAGCAAAUGUUCUUAACAAUUCCGAGCAUGUCCGCUCGAUGUUUGACAAUCUUUGGAUGUCAAUUUUGGCAGGUUUGACUCCUCCGUUCAAGGAAUAUGACGAUGACGAUACUUCGAAGCUGCUACUUGAAGGUAUCAAAUUGUCCAUCCACAUUUCUUGUAUGUUUGAUUUGGACUACGCCAGAACGUCUUUCAUCAGAGCUCUUGUCCAAUUCUGUAACUUGAACAAUCCUGAAGAACUGAAAGACAAGAACAUCGAUGCAGUCUACUCGUUGCUCGAUGUUGCGGUUGAAGAGAACUCAAACCUUGGAUCAUCAUGGAAGAGUAUUUUAACUUCUAUAUCUCAGAUUGAACGGUUGAAAUUGUUAUCCCAGGGAGUCGACUCUGAUACUAUCCCAGAUCUGAUCAAUGCUCGUUUGGCGAGUAGAAACUCUAUUGAAAGUUCUAGAUCUCACAACUCAAACCAGGGAUCGUUCUUCCCAUUUGGCAAAAAGCAAACCAUUGCAGAGCAGACAUCGCAGCACUAUUUCAGCCAAAAGCUGAAUGCAAGCAUGAUUUUGCGUAUCAGCUCAACUGACUUGGAUGUUGCCAUUGACAAAGUGUUUUCAAAAAGUUCGACAAUCGAGGGCAAUGGUAUAUUUGAUUUCAUCGCUGCAUUGAGCGAGGUGGCCCACGAAGAGAUAGAGUCUUCUGGCCAGAGUCAAAAUCCUCGUAUUUUCUCUCUACAAAAAAUGGUUGAUGUUUGUUACUAUAACAUGGGCAGAAUUAGAGUCCAAUGGUCUGCUCUUUGGGCGGUGAUGAACGAAAAAUUCAAUGAGUUUGGCUGUCACCAAAACACAUCAAUUGCCUUUUUCGCAUUGGACUCUUUAAGACAACUUUCGGAGCGUUUCUUUGCAAUCGAAGAGCUUUCUCAUUUCCGGUUCCAGAAAGAGUUUUUGAAACCUUUCAACUACAUUAUUUUGAACAGCCCUCAUCUGCAAGUUCGUGAAAUGGUCCUGGACUGCGUUCAGUACAUGAUCCAAAAAAAGGCGGACUUAAUUAAAUCUGGUUGGCAAACAUUGUUGGAGAUUCUCACUAAUGCAGCAAAAGAUAACAACGAGAAGUUUGUUGCCAAAGGACUGUCUUAUGCAAGUAUGAUUAUGAGAAGUCAUUUUGAGCAGAUCAUCAAGCUUGAUGCUUUCUCUUCGCUGGUCGUUUGUCUUACAGAGUAUGCCAAAAAUGAGCAAUUCCAAAAAUCAAGUCUGCAAUCGCUUCAGUCUAUGAGAAAGCUUGUUCAAACUAUCCCAACAACUUUACAGCAGCAUGGUGAUGAGUUGACGCCUGAUGACUUGUGGUUCCCUCUUUUGUUUGGGUUCCAUGAUAUUGUCAUGAAUGGUGAAGACUUGGAAGUUCGUUCGAAGGCUCUUGCAUUCACAUUUGAUGCGCUGGUUGAAAAUGGAGGACAGUUUGAAGGUGCAUUCUGGGACAAGGUUUGUGAAGAGCUAUUGUUCCCAAUAUUUGGCAUUUUGGGUGACCGCUGGGAAUUGAAUUCCACACAGGAUGACUUGUCGGUUUGGUUAUCGACAACUUUGAUCCAGGCUUUGAGAAACAUGAUCGCUUUGUUUGGCUAUUACUUUGAUACCUUGAGUGGUAAACUGGAUGGAUAUUUGAAACUCUUGGUGUCUUGUAUCUGUCAGCAAAACGAAACCAUUUCCAAGAUUGGUAUCUCGUGUUUGAAGGAGCUGAUUUUGGAUAAUCUGUCCAAAUUUAGCGAAACCCAAUGGAACCAAAUUAACGACUCGUUUGCUGAGCUGUUUGAGCUGACCACUGCUAAGGAGUUGUUCAAGGCCGAUCCUUUGAAGGCCAAGGGAGAGCCAAAGUCUGACGAUUCGGAAGAUAUUGAGGAAGAAGAAAACACAUCGGUAAUCCAAGAUGGUGAGUCUGACUUGGAGCUUCCUUUACCUCUUAAUCAUACGAAGGAAAAGUCUGCAAUCGUGAUCAAGUGUGUCUUGCAACUUCACGUGAUUCAGAUUCUGUCCGAAUUGUUUGACAAUGACAACUUCUAUCAAACAAUUCCUGUGUCCAAUUUGUUGAAACUUUCCGACUUGUUGGAGCACAGCUACAGAUUUGCCAGAGACUUUAACGAGGACUACAACUUACGUGUUCGGCUAUGGAACGCUGGUGUGAUCAACAUGCUUCCUAACCUGUUGAAGCAGGAGACGUCUUCUUCGGGUGUCUAUAUCAGCAUUUUGUUCCGCUUGUACUGUGACACCGAGAGAGUCAAUAAGGAAGCAAGAGAGAAAAUUAUUGGCAUUCUGAUUCCAAUUGGAGUGACAAUUCUCGAGAGAUAUGUCUCCCUGAAUGAGACCGAUCAGUCAAGAAAUAUUCAAAGCUGGAGACCUGUCGUUGUGGAGAUUUUGCAGGCUUACAGUGAGCUUGAUGGAGAAGAUUUUAUCAAAUGUUGUCCAGUUGCCUACGAUCUUGUGUUACAAUUGUUCGACAAGAAUAUGAUGGCUGAUUUGAGAAGUGCGGUCAAGGAGUUUUUGACCAAGGUUGGAGACACCUACAUUCUCGAAAAGCAGGAGACGAAUUCUGUAUAG